CAUGCUAGUAGUCAUUGUUAUUUAUCACCUUCAUCCCACACCUUCAAAACACCAAUAUGAUGAUAUUUCCAUUAAUAUUUAUCAUCUUCCUACGCCUUGAAUGCGUUUUAUCAACCUCGAAUCAUUCCUUUGUCUUUGCACAUGCAUCCGGAAUUGGAACGAUCGAUAAUUGUGGAAAAAACAACCUUCAAAAUCUCCUAGCAACCUUAACAUCCCAAACCUUAAGUACCGGGUUUUAUAACUUUAGUACUACCUUCCCCGGAACUCCCAAUCAGCUACAUGUCCUAUACCUUUGUCGAGGUGAUGUUGUCGAUCCCCAAGUUUGCUAUAGUUGUAUCAAUUCUGCUAAAAACUAUAACUUCGAAAACUCCUUUUAUGUAAGAGAGGGUUUAAUUUGGUAUGACCUUUGUAUGAUAAGAUUCUCGAAUGAGUCGUUUCUUGGCAAGUUGGAUACAGGGAUGUCAACGGCCUCUUGGGACAAUCAUAAAAUCGAGGGUAGGCAUCGUAUUCAUUUCAUGAAAAUUCUAAGGAAUACGAUGGAGGCCUUGGCCAUCCAAGCCUCGAAUGUUGUAAACGGAAGAAAAUUUGCUUCAAAAGUUGUCAAGUAUACAAGGUUUGAUUCGUUUCACGCGAUGGUCCAGUGUACGCCGGACUUGUUGGCUAGUGAUUGUUACAAGUGCUUGACAAGCGCGAGACAGAAGCUACUGAGUCUUCGCGGUAGUUUAAGUGGAGAUGUUACAUACAGUAGUUGUAUGGCUCAAUAUAAGACUACUCUUGCGUUCAGUAACAAGUAUUCUGCAAGUGAAGAGGUUAAGCCCUUGCCGUUUCUCCCAUCUACAGCAGCUACUAAUUCAGCACCAAUUUCACUAACAGGAACACAACUUGAUGAUCCUGCUGAUAGAAGCGAAUGAUCUACGGAAUAACGAUGGAUUGUAGUCGAGCACACGAACUAUAUAUGAGCUUCCCUAUUAAAAAAAAUGUUGUAAUAAACUAAACUGCUGGUAGUUAUGUUGUUUCAUUUGCUACAAAAUAUAAGAUUAAACUUUCUCUGUAUUAGACAUGUUCAUGUAACAUGCAUCGAAUUGCUGUAUAACAUAUACUUGAUAUAAUUAAGCAUGGACUGAUACAUAUAUUAUAUUUCAUACAGUAAAGAAGAUCAUGAUGCUUUAUAAUUUUA